GUAGUAAAGACACAUGCUGGGCAUGUGUUGGGGGAGGACCAACCUAGCACAUGGAAUGUUCUCAAGUGGUUGGUAGGUCGACAACCCCGUCAUGAUGACCAUACUACCUACUACCAUCGGCAUGGAAUCCAUUACAAAUAUCCCACCCUCCGUCACCGUCACCGCUUCCCCGCAAUUCCCUUACUGGAUGGCUUCCCCUCGUCACGAUUCCAUACUAACAAUUUCAUUUCGUACUGGUCCGAUACUACGGUCCGAGAAGCAAACCACACCUGAAAAGACUACCGAAGUGAGCAUCGACGGAUUAUAUAUCGGCCUGACCCAGGCUGAUCCAGGGCUGAGAAGAUCACAGGGGAGAAAACUAGUCAGGAAAAAAGAAACAAGAGGUCCGUCUGGCCCCACAUAUCACGUGCAAGGGCGAGUGGCGAUGGUAAUUCGAUCCUUGAUACCGUGUGGGAAUCUCGAAGCAACAUGGUCCAUCGAGAUGCAUUCCAGUAUUGACAGGAUUGGACCGAGGGCACUGGAAGAAGGGAUGAUGCAAGUGGACAAGGUGCAGAUUCUGUCAAGGAAUGGUUUCAGAUGAUCCUGGGUCAUUUCUCUCUGGGGGGUUUGGAGUUGAUCAACGUCGCAAUAUCC